GGGCCUCGCGGCCGGCGAGCACAGCCCGCGGCGGUCCUCCUGUCAGCGGCGGCGCAGGGGCCGGCUCUCGCCCCUCAGCUCGGCGGCGGUGGCAGGCGCCUUGCUCCGCCUCGCGCGGCACAGCCAGGAGUACCAGAAAACCAGAUAGAAGACGUGAAUCUACAUUUGUUGAGUGUCCGACAUUAUGUGAGAGAUAAGAUCUUCCUUCAUCACCGUGGCUGGAGUGCAGUGGCCUGCACUCAUAGCUCACUACGGUCCCAAACUCCUGGCCUUAAGUGAUCCUAUUGUCCUGGUCUCCCAAGGCAUGUUAGAAUAUCAAGCUGCCUCUCAAAAUCCAGGUGGGAGACUGCUCCACACCAUGUGAGUGUUGACAGGAUUACACGUCUCUAGCACUUUCUCCAUCAGCCCUGUCCUGGGAAAGAGGCUGUGUCUGGUCGGGAAUUAAGAAUCAUGUUGCAUGAAGCAAGGGACAGGCAGAAGUUUGUCAGCGAUGUCCAAUAUCUGCGAGACAUGCAGCAUAAGGUGGACUCCGAGUAUCAGGCUUGUUUGAGACGACAAGAACACAGAAAAGACCCAAAUGAGAAGAAACGAGAUCACUUUUGGGGGCUGGAGUCCAGUUCUGAGAGAUCCCGCUUCUCAAGCGGGUCAUCUUCCAAACAGAGUUCUAAUGAAGAAGAUCCUCAUACUGAACCAAGAUCACCAGUCAAGACAAGUUCAAGUAAGUGCGAUUCCAGACUUCCAGCAAUUGACCAAACAUCAGUCAAGCAGAAACACAAAAGUACCAUGACCAUGACCCUAAGACAGACAGACAAAGUGGUCCCCAGCAAACCCUCUUCAGCAGCCCAGGCACCAAAGAUUUUGUCAAAGAAGAGGAGGCCAAACCUAGAGAGAUUGGCAAUCAGCCCAGAAUUGCACAGCCCAAGAGCAUCUGGGGACAAAAGCAGACAGAAACCACAGUUGCCGGCAAAGGCACCAGCUCUCAGGGGAGCAGAUCCAGCAGUUCAACAAGAAGGACCCAUGUGGGCAGGUGACACUAAGCUGAAGAGGCCAACUCGAGAGAGAAGAAACUUAGUCCCAUCCUCACAGCUGGUGAUGACUGACAGCCCUCCUGAGAGAGCCAGUAAAAAGGACCUGAGUCCUCUUUCCCAGAGCGAGACCCAUUCCACCCUGUCCCAGGCCUUCCAAGGAACAAACAGUCCUCAAGUGUUGAGCAAGUCCUUGGGGCCACCACUCACACCCACCAACGUGGGAGGGCCAAGAAGGGCACCAUUUAGGUUCAGAGAUGAAGACUUUUAUUCCAUUUUAUCAUUAAACACUGGGAGAGAAAAUGAUGACACUGAAGAGGAAACCCACAUGGAAGAAGAGCUGCUGGUGGUUGGCAUGCACUCACCCCGUUCUCCUUCCAAUCCUGUGAGAAGUAGAUUUUGGGGGACGUCAGCCACUCAGGCCAAAAAUAAAGCUUUUGAAGAAAGUGCUGAAAAAAAUGGCAGAGAUAAUUCUCUAAGAAGAUGUGAGCCCAAUCAUGGUUCAUUAAGAAUAGGUAAUGCCAUGGAGCCAGUGACAAAGCCGCCUUCUGUUGUGCAAAAGUUGUUCCAAGACUCUGAGCUGCUUCCCGGGAAGUCCGCUAAAGAGAACGACAGCAGCGGCAGGGAAAAUAAGACUUUUCCUUCAUGGGACCCCAAAUCCAAACCCAGACAAGAUGAUGGUCUCAAUGCUGAAAAUAUAUCUAGUGAUUGUAUUUCUAUGGAAGAUAGGGCUGGUGCCCAUGAUUAUGAAAGAGAUUGGCAAGACUAUUUAAACAGUUCUAGAAAUUCUCUUGACUGCUUUCUUUCUGAUAGACCAAUAGCUCCAAGAUCAUCAAUGAAUUCGUUUAACACUCCUGCGUCAUUAACACAUGUUCCUCUGAGAAAUGAUAUUCCAGGAGACUUGUCAAUGUCAUCGACCUUAGUUCACAGUUCAGACUCAGAGGGAAACCCAAGGUUUAAUAUUCGCCGACCACUUUCCCCCAUUAGAAACAGGAAUUCAUUUGCCAAUACUGAAAACCACAAUUAUUUUCCAGUAAACAGUACGCCUGAAUUUGAUGUUGGGGGAGCAGAAGAUAUUACUUUAAGAAGCCGACUUCAGAGGGCUCCUCUGUACCCAGAUGAUUUUUUACUAAAUCCACAAAGCAAUUUGUCCUUAGUGAAUUCUUCCAACUCCUCUCCACCAGGAAUGAGCAUACAAGCCCAUUUGCAUGUGCCUGGGUCCCUGCAAGAAAAUAUACCAUUUACUUUCUUUGCAGUGUCAGAUUUCCCAAAUCAAAAUGAUCAUGGGAACAUAAUGGCAUCUUUUGGUUACACAGAUGGACAAGAGACCACUAAGAUAAAGACAGACCCUGUGAAACUCAAGAAAUUGCAAGAAAGUCUCCUGGAGGAGGACUCCGAGGAGGAAGGAGACUUGUGUCGCAUCUGUCAGAUAGCUGGGGGUUCCCCAAGCAACCCCCUCCUGGAGCCCUGUGGCUGUGUGGGAAGCCUGAAGUUUGUUCAUCAGGAGUGCCUGAAAAAGUGGCUGAAAGUGAAAAUAACAUCAGGAGCAGAUCUUGGCACUGUGAAGACCUGUGAGAUGUGUAAACAAAGCCUGCUGGUCGACCUGGAUGACUUUAAUAUGACUGACUUCUACCAGAAGCAUCAGCAGUCCCAGGCACAAAAUGAGCUGAUGAAUUCAGGCUUGUACCUGGUACUGCUCCUUCACCUCUAUGAGCAGAGGUUUGCAGAAUUCACGAGACUCAACUACAGCUGGUUCGCAAGAGAGAGGUUGUCAAGAAAUUACUCACAACCCAGAUCGGAAGAAAAUGAAAGUUCUGAGUUGGGAGAUGGAAAGGAAAGCAGCAUUUCUCAAAGCCGGGUCGUCUAGCAAGAGAGCUGGCUGUGGAGCUCAGCAGAGACCUCUCGAUGCAGCCAUCCCUUUUAUGUCCCCAUGUGCCCACCUCCCUCCUUCUCUUUACUGAAACUGAAACCAAUGUGUUCACAGUCACCAUUUUCACCUUGUGCUACUUUCUUGUGGGGAUCUAGCUUGAGCAUCUACGGGCAACAACAGUGACCAGUCCAGUCCCAGACAGCUCAGGUCAAGCAGCCCAGAAGCCCAAGGGGACCCAGGAGCCCUGGUGGGCCCAGUGGCCUGGUGUCCCACUGCUGAGGGCACCUGUCAGGCCUCACUCCACCCAGAGUGGAAGGGAGCCGUGCAUU